CAAGAGAAAAUUUGUAUCUUCUGGAUAUCUUUCCAGAUUGUGGGGUUAUCUCUGCUAACAUUGCUCUGAUUCAUCUCUGUGCUCCCUGAUUACCUCUGUCAAUAUCUAACUUCAUCACUUUCAAAUGAUGGGUAUAUUUUAGCUCUGUUUAGUAUUUUAGUGUUACUUUCACAGACCUUUUGUAAAUUACUUUUCCACUGCUGCCCACCCCUGACUAUGUGCUGCCCUCUUACCAAAUUUUCCACAAUAUCUUUUGCAAUCAGGAGUUAUUUUUCUAGUGAGAGAGUCCAUUUCCCUUCCAUCUCUGACCAUCAAAUUCUACAACAUUUUCAUUCCAUGUGAUUCAUUUUGCACUUCCUACAACAGUUAGUUGUUGUACCUACAGCUCAGCGAGGAAAUCUAUACCCUCAACCUCAACCUGAGCUACAAACCUUGCAACAGCAGUUAGUCUGUUUCUUCCUCCACAGAUACUAGUGAUCACUGCUAAAGCCCUGUUGCCUGUGGAAAAGAUGAUUUUUAACCUUCUUGUAUUGUUGCUGUUCAUGUGGUGAAGGUGCUCCCACAGUGUGGUUUGGUGUCAAUGAUUUGCUGAUUUGUUCAGUCCCGUGAAGACCCAAGGCAGAAACUCGUAGAAACCCACAUAAUAUUCCCCAGAAGUGACUGCUGGCAUCCACAAAAGAAUUCCACAGUUUUACUUCUAUACCAUUCUUAGCCCUUCAAAGGGAUCGAAAGGCAUUGGGAGAAAACAGGAACAGGGUUGAGGUGUAGAUCUAUAAAAUGGUCCCCUCCCCAGCUCUCCCAUCAUUCCCUCUCUCUGUAGUUUUUUGCAAACAGUGACAGGUUCCCUCUCCAAAGGAUAUUUAGAAAGGAGUUUGGUUUUAAUGAUAAUACAGCAGUUUCUGCAAGUGCCAGCUCCACAAAUGACCAAAGAAUUUCUCUCAGUUUCACAACCUGAGUGUGUUCUUCUGCUUUCUCACUCACUGCUUUUGUUUUAUGUUUGCAGUUAGAGAAUUUGAACCAUUUUGCAUACAAAUCUGACAGUCAUUCUGUUUAUCACAACCUAAUUAUCUCAGGACUUUGAAACAUUGAAGGAAAGAGCACGGUUCAUACUGGGUAGAAACACAUAUUCUCUGUUGGUGCAAGAGUUUGUGAAGAUUCAUCUGAAAUGUCUAAACACCAGCACAGUCACACUGGGGAGAGACUAUGGAAAUGUGCAGAUUGCGGGAAGGGCUUCCUUUACCCAUCCCAGCUGGAAACUCAUCAACGGAGUCACACUGGAGAGAAACCAUUCAUCUGCUCUGAUUGUGGGAAGGGAUUCACUUCACCAUCCAGGCUACUGAUACACCAGCGAGUUCACACUGGAGAGAAACCAUUCACCUGCUCCGAUUGUGGGAAAGCAUUCACUCAGUCAACAAAUCUACGAACACAUCAGCGAGUGCACACUAGAGAGCGACCAUUCAUCUGCUCUGAUUGUGGAAUGGGAUUCACUCAGUCAUCCAAUUUACUUAAACACCGGCGCGUUCACACUGGAGAGAAACCAUUCACUUGUUCUGAAUGUGGGAAGGCAUUCACUCAGACAACUCACCUGCUGAUACACCAGCGAAUUCACACUGGAGAGAGACCAUUGACCUGUUCCGUGUGUGGGAAGGGUUUUGCUGACUCAAAUUCCUUGCUGAUACACCAGAGAGUUCACACUGGGGAGAAACCAUUUACCUGCUCCGAGUGUGGGAAGGGAUUCACUUGCUCAUCUAACUUAUUGAGACACCAGAGUGUUCACAAUGGGGAGAGACCAUUCACUUGUUCAGAGUGUGGGAAGGGUUUCAAUCGGUCAUCCUACCUGCUGGAGCACCAACGAGUUCACACUGGAGAGAGACCAUUCACCUGUUCCAAGUGUGGGAAGGGUUUCAAUCGGUCAUCCUACCUGCUGGAGCACCAGCGAGUUCACACUAGAGAUAUGGACCAUUCACUUGCUCGGAGUGUGGGAAAGGAUUCACUCAGUCAUCCAAACUGUUAACACACCAGCAAGUUCCCAAAGAAUCACAGUUGAAGCAUUUUGCUUUCACUCACACUAAUGAAUGAUCCAUGGUUUAGGGCUGUUUGUGCUAAUGUUAUUAAUUAAAGGUCCUGGUAUUGUAGAUAAAAUGUACAUAACAGUUGUGUACAGUUGUAAGGGAGAUUUUGGAAAUGAUCACUGUACAUCAGUGUCACUGUGCAUCAAAGUAUUUACACUGAGUAAGACUGUCCAUCUGCUCAGUGGAAAGGAAUUUCCUGGUUCAUCAGGAUUGGGUAACCACCAAUGAAUUUCUCAGUAUGGGUAGUUCUCAUUUAAAGUGGGUUCCGGUAGCACAAUUUGGCUAUAACAUGGCUGAAGAGUUAGGGAAUGAUAUUUUUGAGAACGCUUACCUCUGUUCACAAUAACGUGAUUCCAGCGUGUGUCAUUUCACUCACUUCGUUCUGCAUGUGCCGAUGUCAGCUGCCGUUAGAGCGUGUGGGAGGUAUAAUACUAUCCAUUGAGCAGCUACGUAUCAAAAAUUAAACUAACAAAUGUUCAUUGUUGUACCUCUGAGACAAAAAUAUUCAUUCUUGUAUAAUUCCUGUAUAAGCCCUGUACAAUUCCUGCAGGACUGCAUUACUCUUGUACAUACCACCCCGAGAAACAGUCAGAAGAUAAUUAACCACAGCCGUCCACAUCUGCAACCACAACGUUACCUGAACGUGAUGAUGAUAACUCUCUGUCCCUGCAUUAACAAUAUUGUUUCAAUGUAAUGUGUUAAAUUUACUUUUGUCAAUAAAUAUGAAUCAAACUUUCACUCA